AUGGCCGCUGCCUGCCCAAGUAUGUGCAGGUGCACUGCAUCCGGACGCGUCUUCUGCCAAGACAAGGGACUCACCGAAGUACCCGCCAACAUUCCUGCCGACGUCAAAUAUCUCUACCUGCAGGAUAACAAGAUUUUGAACUCGCCCGAGCUCAACGAGCGUCUCGCCAGACUUCCACGACUUGAGCGACUCUUUCUCUACAACAACCUUCUCGAGCACGUCCCCAGCUUCGAUUCUUCCACCCUCAACGAACUGGUCCUUUACGGCAACCAAAUCCGAAGCGUGGACGGCCUUGGAAACCUCCUAGCCUCAGGACUCUCAACCUUGAGCGAAACGAGCUGA